UAUCUUCUCUCCUGUAAUGGCUCAGAAGGUAGUGAUGAAGGUGUUGACCAUGACAGAUGAGAAGACAAGACAAAAAGCAAUUGAAGCAGCUGCUGAUGUUUUAGGUGUGGAUUCCAUUGCUGCAGAUAUGAAAGAACAGAAGGUGACAGUUGUGGGAGAAAUGGACGCAGUAGCAGUUGUUAAGAAAUUGAAGAAAGUUGGGAAAGUUGACAUUUUGUCUAUUGGCCCUGCUAAGGAAGACAAGAAACCAGAUCAGAAGCCUGCACAAGAUAAGAAAUAAAUCAUUAUUAAUUAAUUCAAGCACACACAC